AUGGCUCCAAAUCUGCUUAUUCGAUCCAUUCAGGCGGCCAUCCUCACCUUUGCUGCGCUGCAUACGCCGAAUGUUCAGGCACAAGCCGUUCCGAAUGGUGUCUUUUGGGACGGUCUCGGUGCGAUUCGAAACCUUUGGGUUGCGGGAGCUUCCAUCGAAUAUAUCGGCAGCUUUCCUUUUGACUGGAGCACCACCGCCAAUGGGCCAAACCACAUCAACUACAUCGUCCAAGAUCGACAAAUCACACUACAAAAGUUCGCAUACCCAGGGGCAGUGACAGACCCGGCAUAUGCGAUGCCGACCGAGAUUCUGCCGGGCUUCUCGCCCAUUAUCAACUGGCCUGACCAGAUCAAUAAUAUCAUCAGCCUUUUCAACAUGAUGAAGUCUGCGGGCAGCGCCACGAUGAGGGACUCUCUGUUUGUUUUCACGGCCUCCAACACGGGGAACGACGUGCUGAAUACUUGGAACACGACGAAUGACCAGGGGCAGUUGAUUGACGGUCUUGUCGCGACCAUGAGGACCAAGUUUGGUGAUCUAUAUAACGCAGGGGCUCGCAACUUCAUAUUCUUGUCUGUUCUCCCUGCACAGUACAUUCCCGAGAUUAACAUUCUACCGGCAUCCGACCAGGCCACCGUGGCCGGCUUCGUGGCCAACUACCAGAGCGCCAUCGAUGGUCUCGUCAACGACUUGCGAGAUGAUGUCAUAUACAGCGGCCAGAUCACCAUCUUCCAACCCAACUUCACUCCCGUGCUCAUAGCUAUUGCCGAAGGCACUUUCACCGAGGGGCCCACGGCAGGGUAUCUGAACCGCACUGGCUACUGCCCUGAGUACCUUCCUCUUGGUAUUUUGAUCCCACCGAAUCCAGAUUUCCAGUCAGGAAACUGUCUCAUCGCGCGCAAGUACCUCUUCCACGACAUGAUCCACUUCACGUCGCCGGCCCACUGCGAAUAUGCCCUCAACACACUGACGGAGCUCGGAGAUAAUCGUUUGCCAAGCAAUUGCCAGUUUGCUUAG